CCGGUCGGGCUGUGUGUCUCACGCUGUAGAGAUUCAGUGGCGGACGGUGUUGCGGUGCAUGGCAGGAUACACACACUGUCAGAGUAUUUCACUACGGUGGUCCUUCUGCAUCGGAGGAACAAUGCAGAUUCGAGAACCAUUAAUGGAGCCGAACGUCAUGUAAAUAAUUCGGUUCCGCUUAGUUAUUUGAAAAAUGGAACAUCCCAAGACCUGAUAUUUGGCUUCCUUAGAGAUGGAUUUUAUUACAUGCGCUCACGCUCGAUCAGAUAACGGGACGUAAAGAUGGGGUUCGACACCAGUUGCUCUCUUUAAAAUAGCCUCUCCUGCUGAAGAAUGACCCCCCCUCAGCGCCUUUCGGAAUGCCGUUUCUCUCCGCGUGCGCAAGGGCCACGCGCCAGAUGGCCACAUCAUAACCGACUGUGAAACUAUUGCACUAAAGCUGGAGCUUAACUUUGCGGAUCUGAUGGAUUUAAAGAGGGUGCUGUCCUUUCCUCCAUAUCCAGGGGAUUAUUUGCACCCAGUGGUAUAUGCCUGCACUGCAGUGAUGCUGCUCUGCCUGCUGAUUUCUAUCAUGACAUACAUUGUACACCACAGCAUAAUCCGAAUCAGCAGGAAAGGAUGGCACAUGCUCCUCAACUUCCUCUUCCACACUGCCAUGACGUUUGGGGUGUUUGCAGGAGGCAUCAACCAGAUCAAGUUCCCUGUGAUCUGUCAAGUGGUUGGCAUUAUCUUGCACUACUCCUCCCUUUCUAGCAUGCUAUGGCUGCUCUUCACUGCCAGGAAUAUUUGUAUGGAGGUGUCCAAGGCUCCACCCAUACCUCAGGACCGGGACCUUCCCCACCAGCCACGCCCUAAAGCCACCAUUUUCAGGUUUUAUCUGGUCAGUGGUGGAAUCCCUCUAAUCAUAGUGGGUGUUACGGCUGCUGUUAGCUUGGAUAACUACGGUAGCAGAGAUGAUGCCCCUUACUGUUGGAUGGCCUUGGAGCCCAGUCUAGGUGGCUUUUAUGGACCCACUGCCUUUUUGGUCUUGGUAAUGUGCAUCUACUUUCUGUGGACAUUCGUGCAGCUUAAGCAGCACCCGGAGCGCAAGUAUGAGCUCAAGGCUAUGACCGAAGAACAGCAGCGUUUAGCAUUAGCUGAAAUCAGGCACUGUCACGCCAUCAGCGGAGAGCCAGGUGAGCAUGGUGAUCACACUGGCUGCACAGCCAUCACAGCCUCCAUGUUGGCCAAUGAACACUCUUUCAAAGCUCAGCUGAGGGCCACAGCCUUUACGCUGUUCCUCUUCCUGGCCACCUGGGUUUUCGGAGCACUGGCCAUAUCACAGGGCCAUUUUCUAGACAUGAUCUUUAGUUGCCUAUAUGGAGCAUUUUCAGUCACAUUGGGGCUUUUUCUGCUGAUUCAGCACUGUGCAAAACGUGACGAUGUGUGGCACCGUUGGUGGGCCUGUUGCCCCAACAAACCAAAGGUGGAGGUCAAUGGAGAAGCGGCGGGGAACGCCACCCCCCCAACUCUAAGUCACAGCCAUAAUCCGUCCCAUGGGCAGAACCAAAUCCACUGCCAGAUCGACUCAUCUUGCCUGGGUAAACCUUUGCUUUCCCCACACCUACACUCCCCUUUGCCGCACUGCAAAUUGGAUACACUGCCCUCCACCCAGAACCACACGAGCACCUGCUGUGCCACCCUUCACAGUCCCUCCUCUUUGACGACCCUCCCGCAGACCCUCCCUGAUGAACUGCCCAGACCAACCCUUCCCCUGCAAAGCUGCUUGAAGGACAGGUCUAAGUCUCGCUCCUUCAAUCGACCUCGGCCCUGCCUCAGGGACUAUUCUUACCACAUGACCUCCACCAGCAUGGACGGCAGUGUGCACAGCUCCCACCUGGACAGCCCCCACAGUGUGCAGCUGGACAACCCUCUCACCUGCCACAUGUCCCACAUGGAUACUCAACUCUCUUGUCACAGCCCCCACCUGGACAACCAGCUGCGCUGCCCCAGUCCCAGUCCCCACCUUGAGAACUUGGCCUCACACGGCCUUCACGAUAGCCUCUCCUGCCAUAGUGCACACUUGGACAGUCAGCUCUCCUGUCAUAGACACAUGUGCUGUGCCAAAGCAGACCCAUUCUCGAGCAUAUGCUGCCAUAAAGCUGACCCAUUUGUCAGCCCUUGCCAGGCAGAGGAUCCUGACACGGGUCUGCUGAUGUACAGUUGCACAAAGAUGGCCGAUAAAGAGGAUGAAACCAUGCUGCACUUGGAUAUAACCCCUCCGAAGGUCACAUUGUCAUGCUCCCAGGCCACACUCAGCAGGAAAGGCACCCUCAGCCGGAGAGGGACACUGAGCCGGAACAAUAGUCAGCAGGAGGACUAUGUACUUACCUCUGAUUCCACAGGUAACAUUAGGACUGGACCUUGGAAAAACGAGACAACCGUGUAGGCCUGUAAAUUAUGUGCUAACCUGUUUCUCUCGCCUGAGCUAAACUACUGUGUAGUCCCAGGGCUGUUACCCAAAGGACCUCUCUUCUUUGAGCUAAGCUACUGUGUAGUCCCCCUGCUGUGACUUCCCCUUUAAAGAGGUUUGAACCUCUGCUUACCUCUUCUCAGACAACAUCUCACGUCUCAUCCCAGCUCCAUUCUAUUUGUCCUCUUGCCAUUUUAAUAUUGUUGCAAAGAUCACAUGCCAUACAUUUUAAUUUGGAUGAACUUUUAUAAUCAAACUGAUAUUUGUACAUGUGUUUUUGGGUAUGGUAAAAUAAUGUUCAAUUUUAU